UGUAUUUUGCGUUUUGCCCAGAAAUGAUUGUGUUGUGAUGCAAAGAGUGCUGUGAUAGUCUCAUAAUAAUUAUAAUAGUCAAAUUUAUGUCAUUUAUUUUACAAGUUGAAAAUGCCAGAGAGUAAAUUACAAAAUGGACACAAAUCGUAUACAAGAGUGUGGUGUGAUGGAUGUUACGAUAUGGUUCAUUUUGGCCAUGCAAAUUCUCUCAGACAAGCCAAGGCAUUGGGCGAUCGCCUCAUAGUCGGAGUUCACACAGACGAAGAAAUUACGAAACACAAGGGGCCCCCGGUCUUUACGGAAGAAGAACGAUACAAGAUGGUCAGAGGUAUUAAAUGGGUUGAUGAAGUGGUGGAGGGGGCACCUUAUGUGACAACAUUAGAAACUUUAGAUAAAUAUGACUGUGAUUUUUGUGUGCAUGGGGAUGAUAUUACGAUGACGGCAGAUGGAAUCGAUACCUACCAAAUUGUUAAAGAUGCCGGAAGAUACAGAGAGGUGCAGAGGACUGCCGGAGUUUCAACAACGGAUCUGGUUGGCAGAAUGUUGCUGUUGACAAGGAAUCAUUUCAGGCAAGGUCAGUAUGAAUAUCAUGUAGCCAAGGAACACUCAUCAACGAUGGGUCAAGAUUCAUCCGCUAGGUCCCCCUGGACUGGUUGUUCACAGUUCUUGCCUACUACACAGAAGAUAAUUCAAUUUUCUGAUGGAAAACCUCCCAAGCCCGGCGACAGAAUCAUCUACGUGGCGGGUGCCUUUGAUUUGUUCCAUGUGGGUCAUUUGGACUUUUUGGAGAAGGCGUGGGAGAAGGGUGAUUAUCUGAUAGUGGGUCUUCACACAGAUCCUGUCGUUAACAGAUAUAAGGGCUCCAACUACCCCAUCAUGAAUCUACAUGAAAGAGUGCUAAGUGUUCUUGCUUGUAAGUAUGUGUCUGAAGUUGUGAUUGGUGCGCCUUAUUCUGUUACCAAAGACCUCAUGGAACAUUUCAAAGUGGAUAUAGUGGUACAUGGCGAGACACCCGUCAUGAAUGAUGAAGAUGGGGAAGAUCCCUUCAAAUAUCCGAAGUACCUUGGGAAAUUUGUCACAGUUGAUUCUGGCAAUGACAUGACAACUGAGAAAAUAGUCGACAGAAUUAUAAGAAACAGGUUAGAGUUUGAGGCAAGGAAUAUAAAGAAAGAAAAGAAAGAGUUGGAUAUGCUGAAAAAAAUGGAACUGAAAGAGAAUGGAUAUUGAUCGCUUUGUAAGGAUUUGGUUUUCAUUAUGUAAUUUUUUCAGAACCCACUAACCAGUCUUUCAAAAGAAAAAAAUUGAUUUUACUCGGUUACCAUGAAAAAUUGUUUUUUCACAUUAUUAAAUCAACAUCACAUUCUGAAGACAGCUUUUGGGUUGCUAUAACUUUUUAUUGGGCAUAUAAUUGAAAAUCUAAGAAGAUAGCUUCUACAAAAUGUUAUGUUGAAAAUGAAAAAUCUGAAUUAUUGAUCAUAUUUCUCAUAUUCAGUGAUGGUUUUCAAAUAUAAUGAAAUUUGCGCUUUGUUUUAGAUGUAUAUGUACAAUGUUUCGUAUAUUGUCCUAUGGAGCAUUUUAUUUAUUCAGCUGAUAUGGUUUUAUGCCCUAUUUUGGAGGGCUGUUAUUUGAGUAUGUAAUGUAUAUUUAUAUUUUUAUGAUGUUAUUCUGUAGCUGUAUAUUUUUUCCUUUGUAUAUUGAAAUAUAUUGUUAUUUUAAUU